UAUAUUUUGUAAUAAUUGUCUGAUGUGACGUCAUCCUCUCCUAACACAAACGCCGCAGGCUACACAGCAAGGUUAUCAUUAUAAGCGCGACCUCAAAUUUUCAAUAUCCCGAAUCAAAGAUGGCGGCUGUGGUGUUGAACGGUGCCCACAGUCAAGAUGGCGUCGCCGGAAGUGUGGCGCAGCAGAGCACGUGAGCGGAGGAAGCUCCUUCUCUCUUUCUCAUUCAGUCGGCUUCAGCUUCGUGGCAGCCCGUUGGCUCAGGAGCCGCAGAGGAAGGAUGGCGCUCAGUGUGACCGUGUCCAGCAGCCCAAGCCCCCCACUGGCCAUAUUGUGGACUGUACAACAUCUAAAAGGCAAAGUAGAGGUCAACGUGGAAGACGGAAAAGAGACUUCCCUCCGAGUGUCAGCUGAUGUCUCUUUUACUGAUGUGAACUCCAUUAUCCGGUACCUGGCCCGACUCGCUCCAGAGGUUGGAUUGCUGGGGUCAAAUCUAAUGGAGCAGACAGAGAUCAAUCACUGGGUGGAGUUCAGUCAGAUCCGGCUGCUUGACAAGUCCACCUUCUCCGCCGCCCUCCAGGAGCUGAACCAUUCCCUGUCUCUGCGGACCUACCUGGUGGGUGACUCUUUGACCCUGGCAGACAUCAGCGUCUUCUCCACAUUGGCAGACAGCGCUUUGUGGCAGGAACAGAUAAAGAACAACAAAGCUGCCGUCAAUGUCAAGCGCUGGUACACGUUCCUGGAGCCUACAGUCCCGAGCCGGGGAAAGCUUAGUGUAGCGGCGCCUCCUGAGAAGAAACAAGAUGUUGGAAAGUUUGUUGAGCUCCCAGGGGCAGAGAUGGGAAAAGUUGUAGUGAGGUUCCCUCCAGAGGCCAGCGGAUACCUGCACAUCGGGCAUGCGAAGGCCGCUCUUCUCAAUCAGCAUUACCAGGUGAACUUCAAGGGGAAGUUGAUCAUGAGGUUCGAUGACACAAACCCUGAGAAAGAGAAGGAAGACUUUGAGAAGGUUAUUCUGGAAGACGUCUCAAUGCUUCAGAUCAAACCCGACCAGUUCACGUACACAUCAGAUCACUUUGAGAGGAUUAUAGAAUAUGCAGAGAAACUCAUUCGAGAGGGAAAGGCUUACGUGGACGAUACCCCUGCUGACCAGAUGAAGGCUGAACGUGAACAGAGGAUAGAGUCAAAACACAGGAACAACACGGUGGAAAAGAACCAGCAAAUGUGGGAGGAAAUGAAGAAGGGCACGAAAUUUGGUCAGACCUGCUGCCUCCGCGCUAAAAUCGACAUGAACUCCAACAAUGGCUGUAUGCGAGACCCCACGUUAUUCCGCUGCAAGACUCAGCCACAUCCACGGACAGGAAGCAAAUACAACAUCUACCCCACAUAUGACUUUGCCUGCCCCAUAGUAGACAGUGUAGAAGGAGUCACGCACGCUCUAAGAACCACAGAAUAUCACGACCGUGACGAGCAAUUCUACUGGAUCAUCAAUGCCUUGGGAAUCAGAAAGCCUUACAUUUGGGAGUAUAGCCGCCUGAACCUCAACAACACUGUGCUGUCCAAGAGAAAGCUUACCUGGUUUGUCAAUGAAGGCCUUGUGGAUGGAUGGGAUGAUCCCAGAUUCCCUACGGUGCGAGGCGUCCUUAGAAGAGGAAUGACUGUGGAGGGUCUAAAACAAUUCAUAGCUGCACAGGGCUCUUCCCGGUCUGUGGUGAACAUGGAGUGGGACAAAAUCUGGGCGUUUAACAAGAAGCUGCGAGCUAUCUGUAAGAAGGUCAUUGACCCCAUUGCCCCACGGUACAAUGCUUUGCUGAAGAGCCAAGUCGUUCCAGUGAACAUCCCAGGGGCUGAAGAAGGAAUGACAGAAGUUGCCAAGCACCCAAAGAAUGCGGAGGUUGGUAUGAAGCCUGUUUGGUACGGUCCCCGAGUUCUUAUAGAAGGAGCAGAUGCUGAAACCUUGUCUGAAGGAGAAACGGUCACCUUUAUCAACUGGGGGAAUCUCAUAAUCACCAAAAUCCAUCGAGACUCCAGCGGGAAGAUAUCCUCUCUAGAUGCCAAGCUGAACCUGGAGAACAAGGACUACAAGAAAACUACCAAGAUCACAUGGCUGGCCGAUACCAUUCAAGCUCCACUAAUCCCAGCAAUGUGUGUCAACUAUGACCAUCUGAUCACAAAACCCGUCCUUGGGAAAGAAGAAGACUUCAAACAAUACAUCAACAGGAGUAGCAAGCAAGAAGAGGAGAUGCUGGGAGACCCCUGUCUGAAGACCCUGAAAAAAGGAGACAUUAUACAGCUACAGCGAAGGGGCUUUUAUAUUUGUGAUGAGCCUUAUGAGACAAUCAGCCCAAACUGUUGUAAGGAGGCACCAUGUGUCUUAAUAUACAUCCCGGAUGGUCACACCAAGGAGAUGCCAACUUCCGGCUCCAAAGAGAAGACAAAAUCUGCUGCCGUCAAGAAAGAGACGAAGGCAAAACCUACAGCAUCCCCAGUGAACGAUGCCCCCGCCCCAUCCCCCGUUUCAUCAGAAGACCCCUCAGUUCUCUACAAUAAAGUUACAGCUCAGGGAGACCUUGUCCGGGAUCUCAAAACCAAGAAAGCCGAUAAAGCAGAAGUUGACGCGGCUGUAAAAGUUCUGUUGUCCCUUAAAGCAGAAUACAAAAAGGCGACUGGUCAGGACUACAAACCCGGCAAUGGUCCAGUGCAAAGCGCCCUGGCACAGAGUGUCCCCGCCAACCCGGUGGCAGCCACUAAUGGUGGUGAUGCCAAAGCAGUGUAUGACAGAGUGUCCGAGCAGGGGGAAGUGGUCCGUAAACUAAAGACGGAGAAAGCGCCAAAGCCUCAGGUAGAAGCGGCUGUGAAAACACUUUUAGAGCUGAAAACACAAUAUAAACAAGUAACAGGACAGGAGUACAAGGCGGGCAGCCCUCCUGUAGCUCAGGCCAAUACCCCCACACCUACUCCCUCCAGUCCACAGAGCUCAGACGUCUCCGGAUUAUACAACAAAGUGUCUGAGCAAGGAGAUUUAGUCCGACAGCUGAAAAGCAAGAAAGCCUCCAAGGAGGAAAUAGACGCUGCAGUGAAAAACCUCUUAAGCCUUAAAGCCGAAUACAAGCAGCAGACAGGGCAGGAAUACAAGCCCGGGUGUCCUCCUCAGUCUUCUAGUACAUCAGUCCCUCCAACAACCUGUAGCCAAACAGCCCCCACACCCAGCGACACUACCUGUCUGUACAACAAGGUGGCGCAGCAGGGGGAGCUUGUCCGAAAGCUCAAAUCUGAGAAGGCUCCUAAGGACAAGGUGGACGAGGCAGUAAAGGCCCUGCUGUCUCUUAAGGCAGAAUACAAAGAAAAGACUGGGCAGGAGUACAAGCCUGGGCAGCCGCCUGUAAAAGAUCAACAAAAUGGCUCCCAGUCUUUGGAGGAGGAACUGGUCAACAGGGUUGUCAAACAGGGAGAUGAGGUUCGAAAACUGAAGAGUGAGAAGGCGCCCAAGGAAAAGGUUGAUGCUGCAGUGAAGCAACUUAUUGACUCAGUACUUCUGCUGGCCCAGACAGGAACAGAGAAUAAACCGGUGACCGCAACAGGAUCCGAGGAUAAAAAAUCCAAAGAAGACAAGAAGCAGAAGGAAAAAGAGAAUAAAUCCGAAAAGCAGAACAAGCAGUCGAAACAAGGAGAUGGUCAGAAGAAGAAGGAUGGAGGCAAGGAGGCUGCAAGUGCGCCCCCUGGAGGAGCAGCUGGUGACGGGCAGGGCCCUAAGAAACAGACCAGGCUGGGGCUGGAGGCUAAGAAAGAGGAAAACCUUGCUGACUGGUACUCCCAGGUGAUCACCAAGUCAGAGAUGAUUGAGUAUUACGACGUCAGCGGGUGCUACGUGCUGCGACCAUGGGCCUUCGCCAUCUGGGAAUCCAUUAAAGAAUAUUUUGAUCGCGAGAUAAAGAAGUUGGGUGUGGAAAAUUGCUAUUUCCCUAUGUUCGUGUCUCAGGCGGCUCUUGAGAAAGAGAAGACUCACAUUGCUGACUUUGCCCCAGAGGUUGCAUGGGUCACCAGAUCAGGGAAGACUGAAUUGGCAGAACCAAUCGCUGUGCGGCCAACAAGUGAAACUGUGAUGUAUCCUGCAUAUGCUAAAUGGGUGCAAUCUCAUCGUGACCUCCCUAUUAAGCUAAACCAGUGGUGCAAUGUUGUGAGGUGGGAGUUCAAACAUCCUCAGCCCUUCCUUCGCACCCGGGAGUUCCUGUGGCAGGAGGGACACACUGCUUUUGCUACAUAUGAGGAGGCUGCAGAGGAGGUCCUGCAGAUUUUGGAUUUCUAUACCCGGGUCUAUGAGGAGCUCUUGGCAAUUCCCGUAGUAAAAGGAAGGAAGACAGAGAAAGAGAAGUUUGCGGGAGGCGAUUAUACAACCACAGUGGAAGCCUUUAUCUCUGCCAGCGGCCGCGCUAUUCAGGGUGCCACAUCACAUCACCUCGGACAAAAUUUCUCAAAAAUGUUUGAGAUCACAUUUGAAGAUCCUAAAAAACCAGGAGAAAAGCAGUAUGCCUUUCAGAAUUCUUGGGGUCUCACCACCAGGACUAUCGGAGUAAUGACCAUGGUUCAUGGAGACAAUAUGGGGCUGGUGCUGCCUCCCCGAGUAGCCUGUGUCCAGAUUAUUAUAAUUCCAUGUGGCAUCACAAACACGCUCUCAGAAGACGACAGAGAAGCUCUGCUCCAGAAGUGCAAUCAGUAUUUCAAGCGCCUCCUUAACGUGAACAUCCGGGCACGAACCGAUCUGCGUGACAACUAUUCCCCUGGAUGGAAAUUCAACCACUGGGAGCUGAAGGGAGUGCCCAUCAGGUUAGAAGUGGGGCCCCGAGACAUGAAGAAUAAGCAGUUUGUAGCUGUCCGACGUGACACCGGAGACAAGAUGACAAUUCCGGAGGACCAGGCCGAAACGAAACUGCAGGAUGUUCUGGAGGAAAUUCAUCGGAAUCUCUACAACAGGGCCCUCAGCGAUCUGACAAGUCACAUGAUUGCGGUCGACACAAUGGAAGAAUUUCAGAAGCAGCUGGAUACAGGGAAAAUUGUACAGAUCCCAUUCUGCGGUGAAAUUGACUGUGAAGACUGGAUUAAGAAGACAACAGCCAGGGACCAGGACCUGGAGCCCGGAGCACCAUCAAUGGGCGCAAAGAGUCUUUGUAUCCCCUUCAAACCACUAAAGGAGCUGCAGCCCGGAGCCAAGUGCGUGUGUGAGAAGAACCCUGCCAAGCAUUACACCCUGUUUGGCCGCAGCUACUAGAAAGAGAUGGACCCCCGAACCCCCUUUAUUUUUAUUACCUAUUGUAAACCUCAGAACAGAUUUUAGGACCCAUCCUAUGGGGGAGGAGGCAGCGCUCUGCUGCUCUGCACAUGUAUUUUCUGAAUACCAUCCCUAAAAAUAAAAAGCCGCAACGUA